AUGGGAAAGGAGACUUUGAACUCGUACCUGUCGCCUAUCACCGACGAGCAGCAUGAAAGGUCUAGGGAUCCAAGGGGACUGUCGAUGGGGUCUAUGGACGAGAAGCUUCGCCGGAUUAAUGAGGAGUUUAAGGCAAGGGCCUGUGUUGGAAAUGGGUUUGUGUUCAACAGAAGUGUCAAGCUGGAAUCUCCUGCAAGCUAUUUUGGUAAAGACAAGAACUCCAACGAAAAUGCAUUGGCCGAUGACGGCCCAAGGAGCCAAAAGGAUGGCAGAGACGUAAAUGGCCUGAGGGCAAGGGACGGGUUUAUUGGCGGCAUGAUACCAUGGAAGCCAAAUUCGUCUGGCACUAUAGACAGAGGUAUAUUUCACAGAGAAGUGCCCAGGAGUUCAAUGGUUGGAAUGGACCUCUACAAAAAGCCGUCGAUAGACCCCGUCCCAUAUGCCACAAAGAGGGGAUCUGGGCUUGGGGCCAUCGAUGCAGGCCUUAAGACCGGAUAUGUGAAGUCCAUGGCAAGUAGCUCCAUUUUCAAUCGAGGCUCGCCACCAAGCAUCAGUAGCUCUGGAAAGGCAAAGGACGGCAGGAUCUUGCUGCAUCCACCUCCUGGGAGGGAUGGGCAGGCAGGAGACAGCUUCUCUGCCUCGAAGUCUGUAUUUAGCAACCCCUUAUCAGAUGCCAAGACACCCAGCUUAUCGAACAAGACCUCAUGCCAGGCACCCAACCCCGAUUUAUACGGUAGGGCAAGCAGGUCUCCAGCCUUUGCACCCAUUGACGUGAUGUAUGUAAAGCCGAUGUCUGGGUCAAGCAAUGGGGUGAAAGGCGUCGAAGAUACUCCCCAUCGAACAUUGCCCAACUGGCAUGAUAGCUGCUGUAGCCCCUCUGCCUCCAACCUUUAUGCCCCGGGGCACAGACUCACAAUCUAUCCCCACAUCAGAAUUUCGAAUUCUGUACUGUGCUACGAAGGCUCUGUUGAAACAACCAAGUACUACAUCACGGUCGAAUCGGAUGUUAGCUGGACGGUGUGCAAGACUAUAGGAGACAUCAAAGCGCUUAUUCCCGGCAUCCGGUGUGCAACACUAGCAAACGCAAUGUCUCCGCAGGAUAGAAGAGCAAGAGACAGAACAAUCCAGGUCACACUGAACUCAGGGGUCCCCGAUAAACAGCUGCAGCCGUUCAUUCUUUCAGACAUCUCCAGUGCCUGCACAUUUAGAUCUUCGUAUCUCCUGAUGAACAACGAGGGAUGGAGGGGAUAUCUCUUCAAGUUUGUCGGAAAGGCCCUUAUAUGCUACGAGAAGAGCAAGGUCUUCAAGAUCUUUCUUCUCAGUAGCUGCAACGUCCUACCAGUGGGCCAGGUCGGCUUCUGCCUCGAGAAAUCCGGAGAGGGGAUAGAGCUGUAUACUACCUGUGAGAAGGAGAGAGACGCAUGGGUCUCAGACAUAAGAGAGUACAUUAGUAAGCUCUAG